AAAGCGCAAAGUCCUGCAAGGGGACAAUUGAAAUCUGGUGUACAACCAAACUUAUACUGUAGAUCUACAUAGACAUCAUGAGAGCCACUGCAGCCGUCCUACUGGUCCUCUGUCUCCUGACCAUCAGUCAUGGUAAGUUACCAUCACCUGAAGCAUGCUUGCUCAACUUGGAAUUGAUGAAGUUUGCUCCAUAAUGUCAUCCUCCUUUUUCUUACCGUCCUCUACUCAUAUGUCUUUGUCUCUAUAGCAUGGGACUGUCAGGAGGUACUAAACAUCAAUAAUCUGAUGCAGAUCGACGCAGGACUGGGACAAGUGGUUGCAACGGACACAAGUCAAAUCCCCUACUACCUGGUAGCUGAUAAAUGGAUCCGCCUGCCUGGUUCCCUGAAGCAUAUCACUAUAGGCCCAGCAGGGAUCUGGGGUGUCAACAAGGGAGACUCAAUCUACAAGUAUGUGGCCGGUAACUGGGAGCAAGCUGCAGGUAAGUAGAGAGCAUUGCUCAAUAUUUAUCCAGAGGACACCUACUUUCAGUGGUGGAAAAAGUACUUAAUUGUCAUACUUGAGUAAAAUUAAAGAUACUUUAAUAGAAAAUGACUGAAGUAAAACUGAAAGUCACCCUGUAAAAUACUACUUGAUCAAAAGUCUAAAAGUAUUUGGUUUUAAAUAUACUUAAGUAUCAAAAGUAAAUGGAAUUGCUAAAAUGUACUUCAGUAUCAAAAGUAAAAGUAAAAGUAUAAACCAUUUCAAAGUCCUUAUAUUAAGCAAACCAGACGGCACAAUUUUCAUGUUUUUUAUUUGUAUUGACUGAUAGCCAGAGGCACACUCCAACACAUUUUUCAAAGGAAGCAUUUUUGUUUAGUGAGUCCGCCAGAUCAGAGGCAGUAGGGAUGACCAGGGAUGUUCUCUUGAUAAGCGUGUGAAUUGGACAAUUUUCCUGACAAAAUGUAACAAGUACUUUUGGGUUUCAGGGAAAAUGUAUGGAAUAAAAAGUACAUUAUUUUCUUUAGUGAAGUAAUAGUAAAAGUUUGCCAAAAUAUAAAUAGUAAAGUAUAGUACAGAUACCCCAAAAAACUACUGAAGUACUUUACACCACUGCCUACUUCUUGUCUUUCCUGAUACCAUCACGGUGUUGAAACAUGAUUCAUUGUUUUCUUGUCUGUCUUUGUGGUCUUCAGGCCUUCUGAAGCAGGUGGAUGCUGGGGGUAACCAGUUUAUUGUGGGGGCCAACAUGGACGAUACUCCAUUCUGUCUGACAAGUAGUGCCACAGUUGGCUACAAGGGUCCAGGUUCACCCCUUCCAUGGACAGGAUUGCCAGGAGCUGUGAAGUACUACAGUUGUGGACUCUUUGGGUGCUGGGCAGUCAACAAGAAUGAUGAUAUCUUCUUAAUGAUUGUAAGAUCUGGGAAAGAGUGUGAGAUCUGGAGUAGAGUAGUAGAGUGUGGAGUGUCUGUUAUUUUACAACUGUAGUAUUAUAACUGUAGAAAUGGUCCUAAAACCCUGAUUUUAUCUGUUUGUUUCCAGCUGAAUCAAGACUGCCAAAACAAGGGGUGGAAUCUCAUUGGCGGCAAGCUUUCCAUGAUUGAGGUGGCAACUGAUGGUAGUGUCUUUGGGGUCAACUCUUUGGGUGAUGUUUAUACCAGGUAAGGUUGAUACUUAACUAUAUGUAUAGUGUCCCUCUUUUCCCCCCUCAACAUGAUUAACUCAUUUGAAAAUGACUUGUAAUAAUAACUUAUAAUAAUAGUGAUAUACUUUUAAUUAUAACUCUUAUCCUUACUGUACAUACUUUUUGAAGCUCUUUACAGAAACAUUUAAAUAGAUACAUAAAUAAAAUCUGUCAAAUAUAAUCAGAUCUAAACUUAUAAGACUUAUAAAGAAAUGUGUAGACAGUGUAUGAUAAAAUAUGUAAAAGUUGGAUGUCCUAUUACAGUUUGGGAUAAAAAACAACUACACGGCCACCCCGCCACUUGUUUUGGUAAACAGCUGAGGUAUGGGACAAGAGAAAUGUAACCACUCUCAAAUUCAUAGAUGGAGCUAUGAAUGCAAAGACAGACCAAUUAUGUUUUUACUUUUUGUUUGAAACAUGUUUUUUAAAGCUAUACAUUGUUUGUUUACAAUAACAUGGUUUACAAACAAUUGAUUAACAUUUUACAUUUUGGCUUCUGAUGUGGUUGUAUAUAGCUCAAGAGGCAGAAGUUAUAUUCUUAAAAAAUCAAUGGCUAUAUACAAUUAUUAAUGUCCAGAAAUGUAUGUACUUAAAAAAAACGGAUAAGCUUUCAAAACGUGAACCCCACCCCUUUCUUCAACACAGAGACGGCAUCACGGCCAGUAAACCAGAGGGCACUGGAUGGACCAAUAUCCCAAUGUGCAUGCACAUGGGCCACGUGACCUACGACAUGGGCCGUCUUUGGGUCAUCUCCAAGACUGGCGUCACCAUGGUGUGCACACGUUAGCCUCUCCUCUGCAUCUGAAGGCCGAUCAGGAUCUGUCUAAAGUACACAUGCUAACUCAAUGAUCUCUCUUUCUGGAACAGACUUCUGCUUGAGAAUUCUCAACAUUAGUUCAUAAGAAUCCUUCAUUCUAAAACCUAUUGCUCUAACUAUUCUUUUCAGUUCUACACUGAUCUUAUUGACAUUAAAAAAAAUAUAUCAAUGAAAGAUUUUUCUCACAUAAAAUUGACCAGCAACAGCAUAAAAAAAGUUAUAUUUUCUUAAUCACUCCUUGAUUAACACUUCAAUAGAGCUUUGCCAUGGAUGUUAUUUGAUCGUAGUGUAAACUUGGGCACGUUCAUGUUGCUCACAAUCCACAUGGGUUUUGCUGUGCUUCAGAGGUCAUCAAUAAAGGUGGAUGGAAUCCUUGUCAUGGCUUAUUAUCUCAUUAUAUAAUAACUUCCCACAAAAAUAAAGCAUUCAGUUUGAAACUAUUGUAAUAUCUGUGUUGUUGUUUUUUUAUCAUACUGAACAGGGGGAUUUUAGGUUGCUCUGCCAGUGGUGAUUUUAGCAUGUAAAUCUUGGUUGGGCAAACUCAACCAAUUAUUUUAGAUACAUUCCAGCAAAGCCACUACACAAGACAAUAAAGAAUACAUUCAUUGCACUACAACAGUGACAAACAGUGCCC